CUGUCUCCUCUCGCAUCCCCCCUUCUUCUCUAUUCUCCUUCUUUCUCUUCUCUCUCUGUAUAUAAUAGUUUAUAUUUUAGAAGAAAGACUUGCUAUUGUUGUUGUUGAUGAUGUAGCUGGCUUUUGAAAGAUGGGGAAGAGAAGAGAGAAAUUAGCUUUGAGAUCUCAAACACUACCCUCAUCUCCUUCACACUCUUUCUCCUCAUCAUCAUCAUCCUCUUCCGACUUUGAGUUCACAAUCUCUCUUUCCCCUCGGGCCAAGUCCUCUUCUACACUAUGUCCAGCUGACGAGCUCUUCUACAAAGGCCAGCUCUUACCUCUCCACCUCUCCCCUCGUCUCUCCAUGGUCCGUACACUCCUCUUAGCCUCCUCCAGCACCUCCUCCUCCUCCGACACCUCCUCCGCCACCGCCUCUCGUGACUCCACUGGCAGCUCCAACGACUCCCACUCAUCUUUCACUAGUGAUUUUGUUUUGCUUGCUGAUAAUUGUGACUCCUCCAGGCCCAGCUCGGUCACCGAAGACGAUGAGUUUAAAAGGCUUAAUAAUGGGAACCAAACUUUUUUAAGUCAUCAGGGCCAGUUGAAUCAUCAGCAGAUCAAGAAAGGCAAGUAUUUCUCUUUGUCUAGAUUCUCUUCUGUGUUCAAGAAGGAAAACAACAAGAACCGGGACCAGGAAAACAUGCCAGCUUCUUCAGUUAAAAAGAUGAGCACAACAGCAAAAGAAGUUAUAAGGAAGUAUUUGAAGAAAGUGAAGCCAUUGUACGAGAAACUAUCCCAAAAACAACAGCAAAAAAUGGGAGGAAUCGGGAUGAUUUCAGCUUUGUCAUCAACAACUUCAGUUCCAGCUUCGUUCUCCAUCAAACCAGAGAGAUCUGCCAAAGACAUAGAGAAGACCAAUGCAAGGAAAGAAAGCAACAACGGUGGGAUUUCCCACUCUUUCUCGGGAAACUUACGGUACCCAAGAAGGAGAAGCAGCGUGUCAAGCUGCCCAUCAUCGAUGCGAUCCUCACCAAGCCACUCUGGGGUGCUUUCUCGAAACGGGUUUCCAAGCAUGGGCAUGAAUACGGUUCGGGUCAGUGGCGGUGGUAAUGUUGGCGGCAUGCACUACUCGGAUACAGCAUCAAUGGAAGAAUUGCAAAGUGCCAUCCAAAGUGCUAUAGCUCAUUGCAAAAAUUCUUUGCUCCAGAACAAAACUACUGUAGUAAGUAACGAAAUUUAACGACAAAUCUCUUUUCGAGUAUUUGUAUCGCCGCUCCUAUAAGAUAAAAAUAACCUUACAUGACGUGGUUUUCUCCGUUUCGAAAUUUUAGUACUAACUAGGAUUCAGCUUCUUCUUCUUCUUCUUCUUCUUCUUCUUCUUCUUCUUUUUAGUUCCACUUAGUGGAUUUAUGUCUUGGUUUGUUUCAUGAUCUUGAGCAUCCAAAAAGAUUAAAAACAAAAACAGAGAGAGAGAGAGAAAAACUUUUUUUAUGUAUGAGGGGAGACGAAAGUGAGAGGUAAAUGUUUGCAUGGUGAAAUCAUUGUGUAACUUUUUUUUGUAGCAUUCCUCUUGGAUUUGCUAUUAACUUUGCACGAAAUAUUAGGUGACAUCUUUUGAAUUUUAAUUACAGUAUUUUAUUUGUUUUUA